AUGGGAGUUUGUAUGUGCAAUAAUUGUCCUAACAAAGAUCCAUCUGAUUUCAAAUUUUUAGAAUAUAAUGAAAUGACCUUAUAAUUAGAUGAUGAAGGAAAUAUAAAAUAAUUAAAUAAUGCAUAAUCAUCAACAAAUAAAGAUUUAUUAGAAGAUUCAAAUAUUAAAGCAGGGGAAUAGUAGGACGAUAAACGUAAAAAAAGAGGUAAAAAUAAAGUUUAGGCUGUAAGAGAUAAUUUUGAUAAAGAACUUUAAAUAUUCGAAAACGUUAAAAAAAUCGAAAUGCAUAUGACAAAAGAAGAAAUUAAUUAAAAUAUUAAAUUUCUUAGUAAUCAUUUUGUAUUUGCAUUAUUAUCAAAUCCAGAUAAAGAAGAAAUCGUCAAAAAAAUGUUUUAUUGUCAAAAUACAUCUGAAUAUGUAUUUAAAUAAGGAGAUUAAGCUUCAUCAUAUUUUAUUAUAGAUAAAGGAUAAUGUUAAAUUAUAAUAAAUAAUGACGCAAAAAAAACAUUAAAAUAAGGAGAUUGUUUUGGAGAAUUAGCAUUAUUAUACGGAGCUCCCCGUUCUGCUUCUGUAAAAACAAUUGGUAAAUGUUCAUUUUGGGCUAUAGACAGAAAUACAUUUAAGAAAGCAAUAGCAGAUGUUGUAUAGAAAGAAUAUUAAGAGAAUAGGGCAUUUAUAGAUAAAAUUACAUUUUUUGAUAAAAUGACUUCUGAAUAAAAAGAUGCUAUAGCAAAUGUACUGAUUACCUAAGUUUUUAAAAAGGGAGAUAUUAUAGUAAAUGAUGGUGAUAUGGCUAGUUCUUACUAUAUUAUUAAAAAGGAUUAGUUGGAAUUUAUAAAAAUGAUAAAGAAAUUAGACUGCUUAAAGCUGGUGAUACAUUCGGUGAAUAAGCACUUUAUGAAAAUCAAAACAGAUCAGCGACUGUUAAAGCUGUGGAAGAUAAUUCUAGAUUAAUUGCUUUGGGAAGAGAUAUGA